GCGAGCUGGCAGGCGGAGGAGGAGGACAGCUGCAUUUCUGCAGCUGAGUAGAGAACGAGACAACCAGAACAGCAGACAGACAGACACAAGACACUUUCCUGUGACAGCCAGAGCCACACCCGAGACAGUGGACCGAUGGUGAAGAUGCCCCAGCGACAGCGGCACAACACAGGCGGGGGCGCCGGCGGGGCCGAGCUGCCCCUGCUGGACCCGGGCGUGAUCGAGGCGCACAACGCGGUCACGACGGCUCGCUGCUGCGUGCCCCUGGCGUGCGGCUGCCUCCGCGGCUACGAGCCCAUCAGCCUCGAGAACCCGACGGGCUGCGUCCGCGUGCAGUGCAACAACGAACAUUGUACAAUAGGAACUCUGAUGCACGGAGAGUGCUUCACCGCCUGGGAGGCCCACGUGCUGGCCUUCCUGCGGUCGUGCGGGCGCGCGCGCUCGUGGUCGGAGAAGCAGCGCCUGCAGAACCUGUGGACGAAGCGCGGCUACGACCUGGCGUACAGGGCGUGCUCGUGCCUGUGCAACCGCGGCCACCUGCGCAAGGACCUGGACUGGACGCCGCCCACCGAUUCCGACGACGACACCAAGACCAAAAAGAAGAAGAAGAACCGCCAGAACCAGAAGCCGACCCUGGUCACGGUGGGUUCCGGGACCCUCAACAACAACAACACUAGCAACAACAACAACAACAGCAGCAGCAGCAGCAACGGCAGCAGUAGCAACAGCAGUAGCUCGACGCCCGGCGGGGGCAGUGCCGGCCAGCCGUGCCAACGCCACCGUGCCAACUCCAUCUCGUCGACGGGGUCCUCGCCCCCCUCGGACGCCCCCAACAGCCCCCACCACGCGGCCUCCGGGAAGCGCAGAUCCAGAGAUUUCUUCUCCGACAGAAGCAGACAUGGAUCCGGCGGCGGGCUGUUCGCCAGGAGAUUAGAUUUCAGCAGCUUCAACGCUUUACCGAGACACAAGAUCAACUCCUAUCACAUCAAGGUACACGUUUUAGGUCAGUCCAGCAGGUCAAAUGAGAGCAAAAUGUGUAGAGGGCCAAAUAGGCCUAUACAGUAUUUGUUUGGCCCAAUUUUUUUGCCAGCUGUCAAGGUAAAUACAGUGCUAACCCCACUCGUGCUCUUUCUUUUGUUGUUCUUAUUAUAAUUAUCUGAAUUAGAACACAGGAACUUUUUUCUAGACGUAUUGUAGGUUAUUUCACUAUCUUAGAUUAUUCAGAAAGGAGUAUUAUUUAGUAUGAGAGAGAGAGAGAAAAAAAUAAAUGCGAUACUCCCUCCCCUACAACAUACGCGUGGCAGGUAGGUGACGCUGACGUCUUUAAGAGACAAUAAUAAUUAAAAAGGAAAAGUCCGGAAUAGCGUUUAAUGUCUUACCGUUCCGUGUAAACUACACGCGCGUCAGUAAGACAAAAAAGAGAGGACAAAGAAAAGAAAAGAAACACCAAAUAUAUAAAACAAAAAAAAAAAAACGAAAUGCAAGCAGGUAGGUGAAUCUCUCAAUUUUCCAUCACGCAAAAUGUAGUCUUUUUUAUUAUCAUAGCGGCUUUAUGUCAAUAACAUCAAAACUUGUUGCUUUUCUCACCCCCUUUUCAAAUUCAGUCAAAUUAUUAUUACUAUGAUAUCAUCC